UUACAACAUAGCAAACGGAUACUCCAUCGUACAGGGGUAAGAGGUGCUGUGGCCUACUCGAGAGGGAAAAUAUCGGUGUCCUGUAUCGACAUAGUUGAGUGAGAGAAAACGAGAAUCUCCGAGCGAAUAGAUAACAUUUAGUUACGAGUUUUUGCAUACAUCAGACGCGCGCGCCAUUAUCAUGCAUACGUGAGCGCAAAAUUUUCACAAUUUUCCACAAAGUUAAAAUAACAUUAUCAUUUUUCUCUCGAACGUUGACAUGGGACGUGGUGGCUCCGCAUAACGUGAAUCUCGGAGAGUGAGUGUUUGACACUUAGUGAAAGCUGUGUGUUCCGAGGAUUCAGCAUUUCAGUACAACAUCAGUCAUCAGGCCGAAUAGUUUAUAUCAACGGAUUUUACUUAGUGAGAGAUUUACUUGAAUAUUUCGAAACGUUACUGGUGGUUUUUACUGAAACUAAUUGAUACACCGUUUAUGUUUGAGAAAAAACGUUUUUAUGAGAAAAUCUCAUAACAGUGCUUAUAAUUGUGAACUUUACUCCGGAGAUGCAUUCUUCAGGUUCGCCACUUUCUUCGCCCUCUCCGUUGGAUUUACGACCUGUACUCGGCGGACCCGCUAUUCCCGCUAUGCACCAUUCACACGAGUCCAUACACCGGGUUCAAAGUCCUGGCAACGCUGCCAAUAGUACCAAUCAGCAACAUAAUCAUCAUCCACGUCAACAUCAUAACCAACAUCUUCAGAGCAUUGUGAACGGAAACACUAGUAGCAUCAACAGUACUACGAUAAGCGGAAACAUUACUGGCAGUAGCUCAAACGACAAUAAUAGUCAUCAUGACGAGGGUGAUGGAACCGACGGUACCACAGGCAGCACUUCCAACGGAACAGGAAGUACAAAGACAUCACGCGCCCAGGCAUUAGUGAAGCCACCUUACUCGUACAUUGCACUUAUUACCAUGGCAAUACUGCAAUCGCCCCAGAAGAAGCUCACACUUAGCGGAAUAUGUGACUUUAUAAUGAACAGAUUCCCAUACUACAAGGAAAAAUUUCCCGCCUGGCAGAAUUCCAUCCGGCACAAUCUCAGCCUGAACGAUUGCUUCAUUAAAAUACCUCGCGAGCCGGGCAAUCCUGGCAAGGGUAACUUUUGGACGUUGGAUCCACUAGCGGAGGACAUGUUCGACAACGGGAGCUUUCUCCGCCGGCGAAAACGCUACAAACGCACCACGAUUCCGCCGGGUAUGAACUUCCCGGCGGUGUUCAAUCCAUUCGCUCCGUUCUGGAUACGGAAACCGGUUCCGGUGAUACCGAUGCAGUUUCCACCGCAUGCCAAUAUGGCCGCGUUCGGUGAUGGUCUGCCGGUUCCAUCUCGAAGCGACUUCAUACUGGAGAGCAAACUAAAUUUGUUCGGAGGGAAAAUGGAUGAUUUGAACGCGGCCGUGAUGGAGAAUAGUGAGUUCCUUCAACGAAAUGUGGACAGUUUGAAGAUUUCAAGUGCGAUGAAUAAGUUUUUUCAUGGGUACAACAGUGACGGUAGUGGUCCCAGCGGGUCUUACGAAGACAAUGUGAAUAGCUUACAGUGCAAUAACAAUAACAACAACAGUAGUUCAAUUAUUAGAGAUAGUAUGAGUGGUUACUUCACUAAAACCAACAAUAACGUUCCUAUGAACAUUCACAAUGACCGGUAUCCGGUGUGUGUAAACCGAAAUGAACCCUCCCCGUUAGUCAUCGGAACUGGGGACAAUGCCAAUGCAUAUGAUCUGGAACUAUCCAAUGACGACAAAAUUGAUGUAGAAAGUGAUGAUGAUUUCAAAUCUAUGGGAAAAGAUUACGACCAUGAGCAGAAACGAACCGAAACGUACUCCAUUCGCAAUGGCCAUUAUUCACCGACGGAGAGAAAACCUACCAAACAGUAUGAGUCUACGAAACCUUUGAACGAUGUCGAAGAAGAUUGCUGCGAGGAUGAUGAUAAUUCUGAUAAGGCUAGUAGUGGUUCACCAGAUCCUCAACAAUCGUCUCAUAAAAGCUUCUACAUGAAUAGUUUCGAGGAUACAGGCCAUUUUCUACCGGACGCUAUCGGCGGAAAGUAUGAAAACUUAAAAAGUGCAGCUGAGAAUGACGAAUUGAAUGUAGUUGACACCUACGGGGAAACCAAACUGGUCGGAUAUGAUUACGUGAGUCGAAAACGGAAAUUCGGAAACACUAAAGGGUUCAGUAUAGAGAAUUUGAUUGGCUGCAAUGUUGACGACAGAUGAACCGGCGGGAGGAAGUACCUAAUAUACUAGAUCAUUGUAGAAGGCACCUUUUUAAAGCAUUCCAAAUUCUGUAGAGUAACGUUCUGUAAAUAAUAAACCUAAAAGUGUAUUGAGUAUUUGUGAUGGUAUAUUAAAUAUAUAAUUUUAGCAUUUUA